AUGCACGAUGAAAUAGAGGAUCAUUAAAAUUGUGUUUCAAUUGUAGUUGAUACUACCAUUCCCACAUUUGCCGUUAACGAAAAUUUCUAAAGUGUUAACUCUAGUAUAAGUUUGUAGCCUUAACUUUGGUAUCAACUUUUUUCUUGUUAUCAGAUAACCAUUAAAUUCUUUAUGAAUGUUAUUGAAAGUGCAAAAUUACAAUCCGGAAAAGCAAAAGGUUUUAAGAAGCUUAAAAUCGGAUUAGAAAAUGAAUUACUAUAAUUUGGAUUCAUUUCAAUUCUUCAAUAGAAAGAACGAAGAAUAGGAAAUUCUGGCAUCAUCCCAAUAAUUAUAAUUAAAUAGAGAUUGGGUAUUAUUAAUAUAAGAGAAUUGCUAAUUUGA